UGAUCGAAGGAGCCAAGGUCGAGGGCCUCGCUCCUUCCCGGGGACCGAGCCCCUCAUGACUCCGGACCCGGUCCGGCCCGGGCCUGGCCCUCGCCUCGGGCUGUCCCGAGUCGGCGCAGUUUCCCCCGCAGCGCGCGCUCCCGCCGCCCCGCCCCCCCCACUCCCGGGUGCAGGGGCGCGCGCGCGCACGCGGAGGGGCCCGGGUUGGGGGCGCGCGGGCAUCCGCAGUGUGUCCGCGUCCCUGCCAGGAGGUUAUGUAAGGGACUGGUGGGGAAGGGAGGGGGCAUGUCUGACGACGACUGUGCUCCUUCUCCGCAGAUGGUCUAAGGCCACAGGGAAGGAAGAUGGUGGAAAACUCCCCGUCGCCAUUGCCCGAAAGAGCGAUUUAUGGCUUUGUUCUUUUCUUAAGCUCCCAGUUUGGCUUCAGAGCCCUGGAAGGAAUCCGCUGUUUGCCCAGUGUUUAUGUGUCCAGUACUAGGUUUAGUCUCCGAUAUUUAUCCAGCACCAGGCUCGACACUAAAGCGAAUAAAACCUGGCCCCUGCCCUUGAGGUCACGGUCUUGUGGAGAAGUAUAGCAAACCUACAGCAAUGCAGCAUGAUGAAUUCCCUGGGAGAGCAGUGGGAGCCUGAGAAGUCAGUACUGUAUAUUGUAUGGGCUUUCAUUCCCGAAUCUUGGUUAAACUCUCUAGGCUUGACUUACUGGCCUCAGAAAUACUGGGCCGUUGCGUUGCCUGUCUACCUUCUUAUUGCUGUUGUCAUUGGUUAUGUACUCUUGUUUGGAAUUAACAUGAUGAGUACCUCUCCACUCGACUCCAUUCAUACGAUCACAGAUAACUAUGCUAAAAAUCAACAGUGGAAGAACUACCAAGAAGAUGCCAUCCCAGCAUUAAGAGAUGUUCCCAUCAGUGAAGUAAACAAGAUGUUCUUCCUUGGAGCUCGAGAACUUAACACCCAGAACUGAGCUGUGUGUAAAUAUUCUAACACCAAGCAUGUACAAGUUUGGAGUGAAUAACUUUGAAAAUAAUUAUAUUGGCUGUCCUUUUAAUACCCAAUAUUGACAUGUAAAAACAUGAAAGUUGAUUUCUUAGAUUCAGUUCAAGUAAAAUUGUAAAUAUUU